UCUUCCACUAUUACUGAGAUCAAUCCUCCGAAUCAGCAGCUCUGACGUCUCUCACUAAGCACAAAAAAAAAUUAAAAAGGAAUGGUUGGAUUUGGAUACUCUUCUGCUUGACCACCACAUCAAAAAUGGCAGGCACCGGCCCCGGGAAAUGCCUUCUUGUCACCGGCCCUCCGGUAUACAAAAUUCGAUAUGGUUGGAUUUCAAUAUUUUUUGCAAUGAAGGGAGUCGGAAAAACCACAUUGAUCAUGAGAGUGUUGGAUAUGAUGAGGAUGAGGAUGGGGAUGGGGAUGGGGAUGAGGGGGCUUUCCAACCCCAACCUAAAGAUCCAGGGUUUCUACACUCAAGAGAUGAGGGAACGCCGAGGAGGACAAAGGGUUGGUUUUCAAGUGGUCACCUUGGAUGGCCGCACAAGUUUGCUUGCUUCUUCUACUGUUUCUAGUCAAGAAUCCAUGACAUCAUGGCCUAGCGUUGGCAAGUAUAAAGUGGACAUUGCAUCCUUUGAGUCUAUAGCAUUGCCUGAGCUUCAGGUCAAAGAGGACACCCAUCUUUUCAUCAUUGAUGAAGUUGGCAAGAUGGAGAUGUUUAGUCCAUCCUUCUUUCCCGCUGUCCUCAAGGUUUUGGAAUCCAACAUUCCUCUUCUUGCUUCCAUUCCUAGCCCAAAAUCUGGUCGAGAUCUUCCUGGAGCAGUGGCGAGGUUGAAGAACCAACCGGGAGUGACAAUAAUCAAUCUGAGCGAGAGUAACAGAGAUUCAAUGAAAAGACAUAUCUUUGACGUUUUGUCUGGAUGGCUGCACAAUGGCAAUCAGUAGAGUAGAGGGGUUUUGCAGCGUUGUCUCUCUUCUCUUUUUCUAUCAAUCAACCUUAUUAUACUGUACUCCAUUACUGAAGUUAAUAAUAAUAUAAAUGGACUACUGUUUAA